GAGAACAAAAGUACAAAUUGUCACGAUUUCUACAGCAGAUCCAGUAAACUGGACUUAGCUCUUAUCAUAUAACAAUCGUCUUCAUCAGAUUAUAACCUAAAGAAUGGCAUCGUAUGCUUAGUUCUCGCUAAACAAAAUUUCAAGUCCCUUAGAAUCGUACGAGUCAAUUCAAAUUGAAGAAAACUGGACUGUUUGGCUGACAUAUUUUUGUGCUUUUUUUCGAAUCUACUUUUUUAGUGUUUCCAUCAGGGGUGCAUAUUUAAAAAAUGGCCAAAUCCGGUGUUUUUCUAACAUUUCUGGGAGUUGUUGUGUGCGUUCAGGGGAGACUUUUCCGGACUUCCCCGGAAACAUGCAGUACAGAACGGACCGAAAUGGACAUAACACGAACGCUAACGGUCACCCACGAGGGGGUGCUGAAGACUGUAGAUUGUGUGGCCCGUGUCAGUGUCAACGAAUGUGAGGGGUCCUGUCUGUCCACGGCAUCCCCCAACGUCCACACUUACCCAGACUUUAAAAAGGACUGCAAAUGCUGCAAGGAAGGACGUCUGGUUUCGCGUCAAAUAGCGCUACAGGAGUGCUACAGCAAUGGCGUCGUGCUAGCCGGAGUACAACCGACAACCUCCAUCACAGAACCCGCCGACUGCGAUUGUUUUCCUUGUACAAAUUAAAGUCCGGAGACAGAAUAGAGAGUUCAAAAAAAGAGGAUUCCAAUUGGUCUUCAAAACUUGCUCGAGUGACGAGUGACAUCAGAGCAAGCCCAAACAAAACUAAAUUUCUUUGUUUUUCUAGUUCUUUAUGGAAACAUUUUCUUUUUCAAAUUGGAAAACUGUUAUCUAUUAUCUGCUUUGCCUCCGGAGCGUCAUCUAUAUUAAAGCGGUUAUAUUCCUAUGGUUUUGACAUAUUAUCAGAUUUUUUCGACCAGGUGGAGAAAUACAUCUUUAUGUCUGGUGAUCUGAGGCAUACUUGUGACAUCUUGUUUUACCAUUUACACAACUUCUGAUAAAACAACAUUGUUUAACUUUUAUAUUUGACUUGAAACUACACACUACAAUCUGUCUAAUUUCCAUUUGAUUAUUUGCAUAUCUUUUUCCAGAAUGCUGCCAGAAAAAAAAGCAUUUGUUUUUUUUUUAAUCUUGGGGUUUCUGGGAAGUAUUCCAUCUUACUUAAUUAUGAUCCGCUUUGGGUGGAAGCUAGCUAUAUUGCUUACUAUAUUAUUGGACUUUAUUGCGCAAAUGUCUCUAUAAAUUGCAUAUUAUCACUUCUACCUAAUUGCUUUUUCUCAGUUUUUAUUAUGACUGUGUGCGUAUUGUUCGAUGUAUUGUGUACAAAAACUACGCAGCAGUCCGCAUAUUAUAAAGCCUUGAAAUUAACGCCGACCUUGGUUUGAAAUAUUAGGCCUAUCAUAUAAAUGUUCAGUGUGAUCAAUUGUCAUGACUUCUUUACAGUCUUUCAAUCACCUAAAAAAGCAGAACUCUAUAUAAAAUUAAAAAAAGAACGAUAAGAUUUUGAGGCAUUUUUAUUUUUUCUUACAGUUUUUGGCCAAAAGUAUUAUGUCUUAUUAUUUGUUGUCAUACCGUUGUCAUACCCGAUUAUGAAAAAAAUGAAUAUUACACGUGUUAUUUGUAAAUUAUCCUUAUUAACACCUGUUAUACUAGACUAUGUAAAUACUGACGUCAAAGAGUUAAUACAAAUUUAAAUAUUUUUUUUCCUUUUUUAUUUAUCCUCUUUCUUAUAAAACCUUUUGCCAUAUGUUUGAGAAGUGAUUAGCGCUUGUACAAUGCACAAUUUGACGGGAGGUUUGUAAAACAUUCACCGUUUCUAUUCGCACAUAAUAGUUUCAAGGAUAGUACGUAAAUUCGUGACCCAUGACCAUAUCAAUACAAAGUGUUAUUAGCAACUGCAUUUAAAUGAACAUAUAAUUUUGUGGAUCAACUGUUCAACGAAAUCAACGAAAAUUGGUAUUCAACGAAUAUUAAUGAAACCACAUUAAACUGUUUGAGGACAAAACCUACAUUUAUUUGCAUGUCACUGAUAGCAUUCAAGUUCGAUGUUUAUAACAAUGACGUCACUGAUUAAAAUUAAUGCACCUUUCCCAAAGGCUAUAAAAUGCUUGUCUGGGAUUGUAACAUUGUAACAUAGUUUUCCCUUAAAAAGGUACCAAUGAAAUCAACUAACGAGGACGAAUGAAUCUGAAGUUUAUUUAAAGGGGCAUGAUCAGGAUGUUGGUCAAAAAUUAUUUUCCAGAUUUUAAUGUUUACAAUGCUUCAGUAAGGCAUUUUUGAUAUGCAACCAAAAUUAAAGUGUCGUUCGUUGAGUAAUAAGCGAGUUACAGAGCUUGCAAUUCUUUGCUAUGUAAACAAAGCUUUUGUUUACAUUUUGAACGUUGAAGUGAAAACUCCAGUCUUGGACCAAAAAUAAAUGUGGUAAACGUUAAUAUCUGUUUAUAUUUGCUUAAAAUGAAUAAGCAGAUGAAAAAAUCAGCUUGAAAAUGAACUUUUACCGGUAAUAUGAACUAAUGUAAACAAAAACAGGGCACGAGCCUUGUUUACAUGAAAAAGAAUUGUGAGUCCUGUAUCUUGCUUAUAAAUUCACUACUGACUUUCAUAUUUCAUUUAGUUAUUGGAAAUGCAUUUCUAAAGCAUUGUAAAUAAUUAAAAAAGAAAAAAAGAAACUGACCAAAAUCGUGACCAUGCCCUUUUAAAAGGGCUAGCCGUGGACAAUGAGGUCUUCUGUUUCCAACGGAAGACCUUGUACUGAUUCUGAUGGUAAUUCUUCAUUAUUGUUAUUCUUCUUCUAGAAGUUUUUUAAACCUUAAUCACUUUUUUGUUUGUCAUCCGAUUUCAUACAAAUUUUCAGGGUGUUUUGUAAAUUAGAUUAAUUAGUUUUUAAGAACAAAAUGAGCGAUCGUAACUUCCGGGUUUGAGUUAUUCCCCUUUUUAAAUUUUUUUUAGGGGCAUUCGUUUCCGGACAAAAGCUCUGGAAUUGUCCGUAGCAUACAAUCCAAAGUUAUACAUGUAAAUCUUUAAAAUUGACAUUUUAAAUGUUGUCCUCUGAUUUUUGUAUUUAAAAUUUUUCCAAUUUUACCACUUGAAUUAUAUGAUAGAAAUCUGUGUUUUAAAAAUUGCUAAUCUUUACUUAUGUUUUUGCUUCGUAUUUUUUUAGUUUGAAAUAUUUUCUUAACGCAUAUAGAACAAAAGUUGUGUAAAAAUGAAAGUGAUUUCAUAUGAGACCAGAAAAAGGGGCUGGCCCCUUUAAUAAGGGAUCUAGGCGCCCGGAAAGACUUUGCUGUGUAUCUAAAAAACGAUACAUGCUACGAUAUUGAUGUCGCUGGAAAAGUUGUUCUUCAUUAUCAUAUCAAUCUAACUGAAAUAUAGUAUGUUUGAAUAUUGCGUAAUAUGAGAAAUAAAAGCUACAAAUGAA